AUGGAAGCUGCUCAGUUGGAGACUGGAUCAGUGAUAACCGAAAGCUGGAAUAGUGGCUCUGAAUCAUCCAUUACAGACUACUAUGACUCAAACAUUACAAAUGAUGACACCUGCAUCUUGAAAGAAAUGCCAUUUGCCUACAUCUUUAUCCCCACCUUCUACAUCAUUACUUUCCUGGUUGGUUUCUUUGGGAACCUGUUGGUGAUCCUGCUGAUGGCACGAAAACAAGGCAGCAAGAGGUUGGUGGACACCUUUGUCCUCAACCUGGCCAUAGCUGACCUGGUCUUUGUCUGUACUUUGCCUUUCUGGGCUGUAUCAGAGGCUCUCAGCUACUGGUGCUUUAGUGAAGGGUUAUGCAAGUUCAGUAGCUAUGCUCUCUCUGUGAACCGUUACUCUAGCAUGUUGUUCCUGACGGGCAUGAGCGUGGAACGUUUUCUUGUGAUUUCCAAGCACUGGGAUUCAAAGUCCAUCGGAACUAAGAAGAGCACAGGCAUAAGCUGUGGUUGCAUCUGGCUGGUCUCCCUUCUGUUGGGAAUACCAUCUCUGGUCUACAGAAAGCUGAUCCUUGUGGGAAAAAACAAAUCUUUAUGUCAGGACGAGGAGCCCUCUCCCACCUUCAAUUUGGUUAUACUUGCCUUGACUUUCCUGCUGCCUUUGGGAAUUAUCUUGUUCUGUUAUUGCUCCAUUUCCUCCAAGCUUCGGGGCCAUGUCAGCUUAGGCAAGAGGAGAAACAAUGCUCUUAAAAUCAUCUUCGCCAUCAUUGGAGCAUUCAUCUGUUCUUGGCUGCCCUUCAACACCAUCAAGGCAUACUUCAUCUUCAUCAUAACGCAGGACAUUGGUCUCUCUUGCCAAGCGUUGAUGGCUCUCAAGUGGGCGCUGCCCAUCAGUGUUUGCCUGGCUUUCACAAACAGCUGCAUUAACCCUGUCAUCUAUGUCUUUAUGGAUCAGCAUUUCCAACAGCAGGUGUGGAAGAACUUCCCCUCUUUUUGUAGAAAAAGGGAAAAUAUGCAAAGCUCUGCUCUCUCUUUUUCAUCUACAGAGUCAAGCCUCCUGUUUGCCAGUAGGAAGAAGCUCAAACCAGCCCUAUCUACCCAGAUAGGAGACCCAAAUAGUAGAGGGACAGGUUUAUAA